AUGCCACCUGCCAGUCCUUCAUCACCCAGCAGCAGCCCUUCUCUCCCUUUACCAUUUAUCCUCCUACCGCAUCAACUCCAGAGACAACUUGACGACGCUUACCUGCUGCACCAGCUCUCCCUCCGCCCGGCUACCAUCCUCCCACCAGGGAAAUCGGUAUUAUCUUUGUAUACACAAACGCGCAAGCGCGCUCGGGAAGCAGGAGAUGGCACCCAGGAGGCUCUGGGAGUAGAAGGGGGGAACCUACCGAGCACGGCAGAGAUCGAGCGGCACGCCCUGGAAAAACUUUCCUCUCCCUCCGCGUCUGUCCAACUCUCCCGUCUUCAGCAACUCUACAUCGAUCUGGCUGAAGCGCUUGCCCCCCUUCUACCUCCGGAGGACCCCCUUCUUAUCCAGCUUAGGGAACCGAUGUCCCCCACGAGCUCACCAGUCGAAAGCGCGCUGUUCCACCUCUCUCCGCUCCUUCAUCAUCUGUUGAAGAUCUGCGCCCCGGUGAGGGACGGAGAAGUCCAAGCGCUUCUAGAAAGGAUCACCCCUCCUCCUCCUGCUCGGAGCCCGGACCUACCCCAAAUCGCGCUCGAUACGUUUCGCGGGAUCCUUGAUCUGAGCAGGGAGAUGCGGUCCGACCUGCGAGACGCGCAUAUUUCCCUCUUGGGGGAGAAACAGCUGCGCCUGCUUAUUAGGCGCGAAGCGGGAGAAGAGGAACGCGCGGUCGUGAGGCGGUUUUAUGAGGGUGUGCAGUUGGACGACGCUUGGGAGGAGUGGGUUGGUACUGACGGCGAAGGAGAAAGGAGAUGGGUCGCGAAGAUCAUACAUUGUUUGGGGAGCAAUAGGCCUGUGCAGCCGAGCAUUCCUACGCGGUUCGACUCCCCCCGGCCUGACGGCCCCACCUCGGGGGCAAAGGACACAGGAGAGGGGGAGGAAAGUAGGAAUUAUCUUCCUCCCCAGCUGCUGCUUGAGAGCCCCGCGCUCCUACUUGCUCAGAACACGAUCCAGGCCCUCACGAUCACCGCCUGUCUCGCGACGCUCGUACAGCCCACGCCACGUGUCGCGUCUCCCAGCUCCGCCCUGGGAACGGAAGACCAGCUUCGGUUCACGGCGCGCAUAUGGACGCUCCUCUCGGGGGAGAUUGACGCUUCGAUCCCUUCUUGCUCGCAGCAGGAGGGAACGAAACUGGUCCAUUUGGAGGAAGAAGUCGUCAGCGCAUGGUGCGGGCAGAGGAAGAAGAGGAAGGCUCAACAUACCCCUAAAGCGUCGUUGGACGCUGUACCUGCGGAACCUGUGAUCAAACCUGUCGAUACCCAAGCGGCGCAGGAAGAAGACCCAGAUAUAGAAGCAGAACGACAACUGCGCAAGUCUGUAUCACGCUUGCUACGUACCGAAGAUCCAGUGUUCGCCCUCCUCCGCCGGCGGCUGGUCGACGCUCUCGCUGCGCAUUUCUCGCGACCUCCUGUCCCGGAGGGCGAGCGCGCCAAGGAGGGGCAGAGCACACCCAGGCGCUUACGGGCUGGCCGAGGGCUGCCCGGAGCGUUGAAAGUAACCGAACUGGAGGAGGAAGAGGUGAAAUCCCGCUGGGAUGGUAGAGUGAAGGGGUUUGAGGAUGAGGUGCUAAGGCGGGAGGUGGAGAAGUUGGCUCGGGAGCUGGGGGAUGUUGUUGGUUGGGUUGAGGAGGUUUGGGGGGUUGGAAGGUAA